UAUUUUGGAGAAAAUUUUUUUUUUUUUUGAAAUGUUGUGUCAAUUGGUGACCAAAACCUGUUUGCGGGAUAACAAGUCCUGGAAGAUAAUGAAGACAUUUUGUCCACUAUUAAGACUAUUGUCCACUUCGUCGUCGACGACGACAAUCUACUCGUUGUCGACCAAUAUUAAGCCCGUCGGCAGUGCUAUUGCUGUGAUCCGUAUCUCUGGCCACAAGACAUUUGACGCGUUGUCUUAUUUGAUCAAAAAUCCUAAAACAGUGGCCAAAUGUGUAGCCAAUCCGCGUACAGCUGUCUUCGCCAAACUCUACGACGUCGAGGCCCAGGAACUGCUGGAUUCGUCGAUUGUUAUCUGUUUUAGUCGGCCGUCGAGCUAUACGGGCGAAGAUAUGUGCGAACUUCAUGUUCACGGAUCCAAUGCCGUCAUCGGCGGUGUACUACAGGUAUUGAGCCGUAUAGACGGUCUGCGGCCAUCAGAGACGGGCGAGUUUACCAAACGUGCGCUUAUGAACGGCAAAAUGGAUUUGAUUGGUGUCGAGGCCAUCAACGACCUGAUCCACGCUCAGACUCUAUCGCAACGACGGCGAGCAUUGAGUGCAAUGAGCGGAUCAGUUUCACAGCUAUACGAUAACUGGAGGACCGAUAUUAUCAAACUGAGAGCCAAUAUCGAGGUUUGCAUUGACUUUGGCGAAGAAGAGCUGAUCGAUGCAAACGUUUUCGUCGGACUUAAGACACAAAUGUUACAAAUGAUAGACAGUUUGAACAGACAUUUGGAUAAAUGCAAGACCAGAAGCGAUCUAAUCAAAGAUGGUAUCAGAGUGGCCAUCAUUGGUGAACCAAAUGUCGGCAAAAGUAGUCUAAUUAAUCGUUUAUGUGAACGAGAUUUGUCUAUUGUAUCGCCGAUCAGCGGCACCACCAGAGACGUUGUCGAAACGUGGAUCAACUUAGAUGGCUAUUCGGUGUCCAUAUCGGACACUGCGGGUAUCAAAGAUCUCGACAAACAAUUGGACGAUUGUAUCGAAAGAGAGGGAAUAGUCAGAGCCAUCAAUAGAGCCAAAAACUCGGACCUAAUGUUGGUUGUGUUGGACGCAACCACUCUUGUCGAUGACGAUAACGGUUCCGAUAGUCUGAAUGGACAACAACUGUUUGAACAACCAAUUUAUUUAAGACAAUUAGACAAUGAUUUGUGCAAUAAAUCUAUUUACAUAAUCAACAAAAUUGAUUUAUUAUCAGAAAAUCAAUACAAUCGGCUGCGACAAGAGUGCAGUCGCCGCAGCAAAUUGUCCACCAAUUGGUCGCUGAUUAGCUGUAAAUCUUCCGACGGUUUCGAUGAUCUGAUCGCACAGUUGUCACAAACUGUACAACAUUUGUGCGGAAAUCCAAUGAAUGAGACGCUGUUCAUCAAUGAGAGACAUGAGGCACAUAUCCGGCGAGCCGUCCAACAAAUCCAAGAGUCGAUCCAAGCCAUCGACAAUGACGUUGCAGUGGCCGCCCAUCAUCUGCGAGAGGCGGCCCAACAAAUCGCUUAUAUAACCGGAAGAAUCUCUACGGAAGACAUUUUAGAUGUCAUUUUUAGAGACUUUUGUAUUGGAAAAUAAAAUCAUCAAAAAAAAACAAAUCAAACAAAAAACUAUUGAUACAAAUGAUAUCAAAUUGUUUUGUAUGUGACUAUCAUAUCGACUAAACCUAUCAAUUGUUACACCAAAACAAACAAAAAACACGACUGACUUUUCUCUCGCGGAUAUUG